AUGGGGGAUUACAUUGACUUACAGAACGCCUCAGAAGUGGACGAUGUCGUUCCGGACCUACUGCGACCUGCUCGUCGCUCCGUGCACCCCGGCCAAUGGGGUGUUGCAGCGCCAUGCAACACUGAGAAUUUCAAGACCAGGAGCCAGAAACACAAGCCUCCGGCCAAGGACUGGAGCAAUCGAUUAACUCUCGAAUCGAGAAGCCGGAGCGGCUCGUCCUUGAAGGCGGCUUUCAAACACCUGCAAAAUCCCGACGUUAUUUCCCUUGGUGGAGGUCUCCCACUCAGCGAGUUCUUCCCAUUCGAAACGUUCUCAUUUACUCCGACAUUCAUUCCGAGUAACACUACAUGCGGAGCCAAUAUCGUCCAGCAGAACGCAGCCCUCCAAGCAAACAAGAACGACAUCGCAGAAGGACGAAGCGUCUUCGACAUCUCCGUAGCCUUGAAUUAUGGUCAAGGAAGCGGGUCUGCGCAAUUGCUUCGAUGGAUCACAGAACAUACCGAGAUCAUACACGACCCGCCCUAUUCCGACUGGCAAUGCACCAUGACGAUUGGCAACACUUCGGCUCUGGACAUGGCACUGCGCAUGCUCACCAAACCAGGCGACUAUGUCCUAUCCGACGCUUUUACAUUCGCGAGUGCUAUUGAGACUGCCAUGCCCAUGGGCGUCAAUUUCUUCGGAGUCGCCAUGGAUGAGCAAGGUCUUUUGCCAGAAAGCCUACUUCAUGUUCUUGACAACUGGAAGCCGGCGGAGCAUGGCGAUGCGCGGAAACCCUUUUUGUUGUAUCUGAUUCCCACGGGGCAAAACCCCACAGGUGCGACUCAGAGCAUCGGUCGUCGCAAAGAUAUUUAUCGCGUGGCGCAGAAGCAUGACUUGAUUAUCAUAGAGGAUGAUCCUUAUUACUUCCUUCAAAUGGAUCCAUACGUGUCAUCAACCCGAGAAGAAGUUCCAACUGCCGCCAACUCUUGGUCAUCAGCAGCUUUACUCAAAAUGAUUAUUCCGUCGUAUCUUAGCAUCGAUGUCGACGGACGUGUUAUGCGCAUGGAUUCUUUCAGCAAGGUCAUCAGUCCGGGGUCUCGCGUAGGCUGGAUCACAGCCCCGCAGUCAAUUGUCGAGAGGUACAAGGGCCACGCAGACACAUCAACGCAAGGACCUAGUGGCUUCAGUCAACUGGCAUUAUUCAAGCUCUUGGAUGAGUUCUGGGGUCACACCGGCUAUCUUGAAUGGCUGCUACACGUGAGAAAGGAGUAUACUCAGCGUCGGGACUACAUGGUUCGAGCCUGUGAGAGGCAUUUGCCUAGAGACAUUGUUACAUGGGAGCCAGCGCAAGCAGGCAUGUUCCAAUGGCUAUGCGUGGACUGGCGCAAGCACCCCCAUGCCUCGGUCAAGUCCCAGGCUGAAAUUGAGGAAGACAUUUGGCGGGAAGCAAUCACACAGGGCGUACUUGUAGCUCGUGGCAGCUGGUUCAAUGCCAACGCAGAUCUUCGGUGCGAGGAGAUUUUCUACAGGACAACGUUCGCUGCUGCAUCUUUGGACAAGAUAGAGGAAGCAAUGAGGCGUUUUGGAGGUGCAUUGAAAAAGAGCUUCCAAUGGUCAUAA